AUGGCGUCCCACACAGAGAAGGACCCAGAUCGUAUCGCAGCGGGAUUGAAGGCAGCGAUGCAUAAUCCGAACGUCUCGGAAGAGGCUAAGGACCGCGCUGCAGAGCGCCUGCACGACAUGAAUGCCCCCCAUGAAGUUGCAGGUACCACCGGCGUCGGCCAGGAGCGGAACCGCGUCCUCGGUGGCUACAAAGCGACACUGCACAACGAGCGCGCUUCAGACCAAGCGAAGCAGCACGCGCGCGAAGCCCUCGAGGCUGCUGGCUACACUGUCGAGAAGCAAGCUGGCGUCUCCGACGAAGAGCAUCAUAUCCGCGUCAUCGCUGGCUACAAGGCUGCCCUACAGAACCCUCGCGUAUCCGAAUCAGCCAAGGAGCAUGCAAGGCAGUAUUUGAAGGACCAUUAUGUUCAAUUCUAA